UCUAUGUUUACCAGUCGCUGGUGAAUUGAUAUCUUGUGCAAAGAGUCACAUCCGCUGAGAGUUUGGGGAGAGAGAGAGAGAGAGGGAGGGGGGAGGGGGUUUCAGUACCACUUCCCUUCGGCCAUUUAUAUGCGGAUGUGGAUGUUAGGGAAGUGCUGAGUGGGCUCUUAGGUCUGUGGGCGGCCCUCCUAGUACAGCCCGAGUGUUGUGUCCGCUACUGCUGGCGUUGCAACAGCAGUUCAGUGAGCGAUCAUGGCUUGUUGCAGUGCAGAGAGGCGCGGGAGAGUGUAAUUACGCUCUGCGAAUUACCGCUGGCGCGGUUUCAAGACGCAUUAGAGGAGGCAGUGCGGAGACAGUGUACAGGCAGUGUAGAGACAGUGUAGAGCCAUGUCUGGUGUAGUGGCUGCCGAGGCUGUCAGACCCAGCCAUAACUCAGCUUUCAGCGCCGUGGUCACGCGCAAGAGUUUCUCCUUCUCCGUGGAUGACAUCCUCGCCAGCACGCCCAAAGACACGCCCAAGACCUCCUCUCCAGUCCCCUCCGCCGCCCAAACCCCGCCCACGCACACGCUGCCCGCCGAAGACAGACUAUCGGCAGCGGCGGCGGCGGCGGCGGCGGCGGCGGCGACGCAGGACGGUAGUGACGAUGAUGGAGACGCAGAUGAGGAGAUCAACGUCGACUCCGAUCCCGACUACGACACCCGCUUCGAACUCCGGCACGAGGAGGAGGCUGGACGGAGGCUGCCCCCGCCCGUGCCCACGUUACUGGGGCAUUUAGGGGGGGCUGGGCCCCCCUUACAACCAGCCUCCACCUCCACCACCACCUCCUCCAUGUCUCCAGCUGUCAGCUGGCCUCCAAACCUCUUCUUCCAGCACCAUCUAGCACUUCGAGCCUUCUCUAGGGAGAUGCAGCUCCUGGUCCUCCUCAGACAGCCGCUGCUCUGA